AUGGAAUACAUUAAAAAAUACAUUCACCCUAAUAAAAUACCAGACGAUAAAUCUAUUAAAGUAGUAAUUCACGAAGAUGCCAAUAAAACACCAAACAAUUUUGGAAGAAUAUCACCAAGCAUGAAACUGUCAGAAGUGCGCAAAUUUCUUGAAAAUCUUGAAGACUUCUACAUGGGAGACAAUAUGACAUUUCUUGAAAAUGAUGUUGAAACAAAAAUUCAUAUAUCUACAGAAGAAAGUCGUAAUGUCUCGGAUAUUCUUGUUGAUGAACAAUGUAUACAUAUCCUUAAAAACCCAGAACAACCAAGUUUAUCUCAAUUUGUUAAUAAACACCAUCUUCUUAAUGGCUAUACAAGCAAUAUAGAAUUGGAUGAUGAUAAUAUGCAAUACGAUGAGGAAAUUGAACGUAAUUUUGUAAAAAAAUCGUGCUUUAAAAAUCGAAGCAACUGUUCCAUUACCAUUGCCGCUCCCACCGUUAAAGACCGUAUUAGCAUUUCAAACGAUGAUAUCGAACCGACGAACGACUUAAUAGAUGCUAUUGAAAAAGCCUUGAAUCAGUCAACUGACGAGGGAAAACUGAAUGCCAUUGAAGAAUUGUGGAAAGAUUUUGGAUUUUUUUUUCCGAAAUGUAUAGAAUUCGGUGGAAGAAUCCAGCAAAAAAUUAGCUUUAAUAAUGAAACAGUUACUGAUUCCAAAAAAAAAAAAUUUAGCGUAGGCUUGCAAGAUUCUAACCUAUCUAUUGAUUCUGAAAAAACUUCAUCGAAAUUUAUGGAUAAAAAUCGUAGUAGCCGUAGAGUUUUUGGCGGCGAUGUUUCAAUCGACCCGGAUUUCAAUGACAGUGAAAGUCAACGAAAGUGGCUUGAAAUGCUGCGUUGCAGUGACAAAUGGCAACCUAUUAGUUAUUCGGAAGUUGUAUGGAUCUGCGAGCUAUUAGAUAAUGAAUUACAAGCUCGAUUGCUUGAAAUUUUUGGACAGGAAGUACUUCGUAAUGGUACAGAUGAAGUAGAAUUCGACAAUGGAGAUAUCAAGAAACCAAAAAGAAUUGAAAUUGAGAACAUUCAUAUGGCUAAUAAUCAAAUAUAUGCAACAAUUUAUAAUACUAAAUGCAUCCAUGAAGUUUUUUCUGUCCACGUAGUAUAUUAUGGUGAAGCAAAUCCUACUUUAGUGAUCCAAUGUAUUAAGACAGAAGAGAAAAAAGAUUUCAAACGUAUUAUAAAAGUUGCCUGGAUGAUUGUUGGAUUUCGCACCGAUUUUAAUUUUAAACCUCCUCUAAAGCUUAAAUUUAACAGUUGCACAAUAAAAUCUGACUGCAUUGAAAAAAUUCAAGAUCUUUCCAAGGUGUUUAAAUUUCCUAAAAAUAAGAUGUAUUGUCUUCUUGGAACUUGUGCAUUCAGAUAUCAAGAUGGUGACGAGGAUGUGGAGUCUACAAUUAUUGUUGGUCAUCACUUUUGCAAGAAUGUGCAAAGUUGGAAAUCGUGUUUUUAUGCAUUCGACUUGGUAAGUUAUCAAUUUUAUAUAAGUCUCAAACUUGAAGCUAAUCAGUAUGUUUUUAUCAAGAUUGAAGGAAAAGAAGUAGUCAAGCCAUUAGAAAUACAUUGUAUUCUUAGUACUGAUCGAAAAUAUUUAGAAAUGACAUGGAAUAAAAUGGAUAAGUAUCCGAUCUUUAAAGGCCAAAAAUGGGAUAGUUAUUCAAUUAAAGAAAUUAAAGAAGAUAGAGAUAAACUUUUCUUUAGUCUUUUAUGUGAGGAGAAGGAUUGUUCACCCAUAUUUGCAAAUGUCAAUCCCAAAUAUCCUACAUUACAUUUAUUUGGUGUAGAGCCUGAAAAAUCCUCUAGAAAACAAAAUAUUCAAAGCUAUGUGUCAUAUUUGAUAGCAUCCUAA